ACAUGGCGCAGUUUGAGAUGCAUCAUGGCGGAGGGAUGACGGAAGGCGUUGUGGGCGACCAAGUGGGCUUCAGUCUUAGAAACAGCCUGCGCAUGUCGAGAGACGAUUUGCGGCAGGGUGAUGUGAUCUCUGACGCGGCGCGGGACCCGGCCAGGCCCAUCCGGUCGUGCAUCGCCCAAGUGGUAGUGCUCAGCACGCCGCUGCAAGCGGGCACCGUUGCUCAGCUCCGGUGUCAUACUGCCGUAGCCGAAUGCACGAUCGCAGAACUGAUCCACAAAAGAUCCCGGCGGACCAAUAUUGUGCAAGAAGCCAAUCCCCAAGCUCUCAGAGAGGGCGACGUCGCGACAGUCAGGAUUGUCG